AUGGCCCAGCGUGGUGGCCCGAGACCAGUGAGCGUUCCCAGCCACCCGAGACACGAUGCGGCCAAUAACCUUGAUGAACCUUUUCGUUCUGCCAUUUGGCCGUUCUGGGCCCUCGGCCUGGCUCGUUGUUUUGAGUCGUCGUCGAGCAGCGGCAGCAAGGAUGCGCGACAGCCCGACUCGCCUCUGCCGUUCUCCUCGCCGCACCGCGUACCCUGUUUGUCGUCUCCUCAUAAAUAUCAAUACCAGUGGAUGGCUUCGGAUGACACGCGUCACCUUGACCUCGGGGUCAAUGCGGUCACGGCCAUGGCAUGGCAUCGGCAAGACGUGAUACCCCAGGGCCUCCUCGCAGGGCACCUCCCCUCCAACAUUCCGCAGACGGCGAAGCCUCCACCACCACCGACCGGUCAAUCGAUCAAGGCGGCUGCCGCAUGCCGCCGCCCCCUGCCGGAACGGUCGCUCCGUACGCGGGCCGGGGCGUGGCAUCCAGCCGAGCAUGCGUAG